GAAGGGCCAUCUAUUCUGGCGCCCUUCUUAGUUACGGAUGACAGUUUUGACUAUCCUAUCCUUGAAAAUAAUGUUAUAGAAGAACUAAUUAAGCCAAUCAAUACGUCAGAUAAUCAAUCAACACAUAUUUUUACAGUACAAGCCAGUAUUCAUGAUUUGGAUAAGGAAGUAUUACUCGAGUUGAUAAAACUGAUACCAGCAGCGAAGGCAGAUACAUUAUACACUGUUAAAAGCUCAAAGACGGACAUUACUAUUUCAGCAAAUAGAACAAUCCAAGUUAACUGUCGAAGGAAUACUGGACCAGUAGGAGAAACCACGCCA